AUGCCGAAAGACAAUGAUUUCUAUCUCCGCACCGCAUUCGGUCUUUUGGACCGUGACAGUGAUGGGCACGUAACGCCCGAGGAACUACAGUUCAUGCUGCGGAACCUUGGAAUACAAGUCAGUGAUGACCUGAUAGCUGAACUUAUCAAAGACGCCAGUAAAACUGGCAAUGGGUUAAUAGAUGAGAACGAUUUUAUGCAGUGGGUGACGAAAAUACAGGCAUUACAAGGGUUAGACGUCACAACCAGCGGCGGGGACUCGGAGGAGGAGAUCACAAGAGAUCUGCUUGCAGCAUUUAAAGUAUUCGAUCGUGACGACAACGGGUACAUAACGCGCGAUGAGCUGCGAGCGGCGCUGGAGAUGAUUGGCGAGCCCGUGACCGACGCACAGCUCAACCAAGUGCUAGCGCUCGGAGACAUCGAUCACGACGGCAGGAUCGAUUAUGAAGAAUUCGUGAAAAUGCUGUUGUAA